AAAAAAAGGGGACCAAUCUAGGGAGUUUGAAUUCCUGAUAAAGCAAAAGCGAAGCAAACUCUUUUCGUCAGAGGAACUUCUGCUCUUGGCACGAGAUCCGUAAUAAGAGGUUCCGGUCUUAAGAGUCAUCUUAAUUCUUGUCCGUGGCAGAGGUAAUGAUGUGUUCGGCGAGCACUCGGAGUUCGUUGGAGCUUAUGCUGGAAUCUAUCCAGCGGAGGGACGAGCAGCCGAGCGAUGUGCCUCCGGCGUUGCCGGUUCGGCCGUUGUCGAAGGCUCGGUUACCGCCGGCCAGAAGAGGGCUGCCGGUGAGGUUGCAGAGCCAGAGAAACUGUUUGAGGGAAUAUCCAAAAGAAAACGAGGCGAAAGAGGAGGAAGACAUGAGAGCAAAACUAGGAUUCGGGUUGUUUGAGAUUGACAGGAAAAGGACGAAGAGGGGGGCCUUCGUUGAGUUACCUUACAAACAGAGUUCCGUGGAAGGCGAUGAUACUACAGCCUGCGUGCCAAUAUCCAAUCUUUCCCCUGGAUCCACCAAGGAAUGCAAGUGUGGCAACAAUUUUAGUUUUGUUCUGAAUAAGAUUUAUUUAUUCGAUGUCAUGGAUGAUUCGAGAGAAAGAGUCAUGAAGGAGAUAGUGGAGAUUCAGAGAUAUUUUCGUGGUCACCAAGCUCGCUGUUACUAUCUCGAGCUUAAAAGUGGAAUAACUACACUGCAAGCAUUUGUACGUGGUGAAAAGGCUAGAAAGGACUAUCAGAUAUUGACUAGAAGGUCUAUAGCAGUUAUUGUGAUACAGCAGCAUACAAAAAGGUGGAUUGAGUGGAGAACAAUGCAAAGAAGGCAGCGAGCGGUUAUAUCUUUGCAAUCUGCAAUUCGUGGGUGGUUGAGUCAAAGAAGCAUUCAAUGUAAUGGAAACUUCAGAUUGCUUGGCACAGAUCCUGGGGAAGAUAUAAGAAAACCAGACUGGAGGAAUCUAGAAAGGAAGGACUUUGUUCAGGUUUCACCUGCUGCUAUUGCUGACCUUCAAGGCCGGAUCCGUAGGAUGGAGACAGAACUGGGGCAAAAGGAGGUGGAAAAUGCUGCUUUGCGGCUACAACUUCAGCAAUAUGACAAAAAGUGGCUACAGUAUGAUGAAAAGAUGAAGUCCAUGGAGAAGUUGUGGCAAGAUCAGUUAACAUCCUUGCAAAUGAGCCUAGCAGCAGCCAGGAAGACUCUUCUUACUGGAUGCACCACAGAUUAUUCGGGAAAACUUGAUCCUUUUCCAAUAUAUCAUUGUUAUGGUGCUGACGAUACAUCGCCCUUGGGAGCACGUGCUACUGAUAGAAUAACUGCAUCAGAUAUCUCAAAUUUGCUUUGUGAUGCUGAACCACAACAAACAAACUGCAGACUAGAUAACGAGACUACUGAACUCACUGAGCAGGAGCGUAAAAAGGUGUUUUGCAACAAUCCCCGCACUGGUGACAAACUGAAAUCAGUUCAUUUAACUUCCAGCACGAGCAUGAGGCCCAAUGAUGGAUUCAGAAAGCUGAAGCUCAAGUUUGAAGCAUGGAAGAAAGACUAUAGAAUUCGAUUGAAGGAGACAAAGGAAAAGCUACAUGAUCUUGACAAUUCUGAGACGAAGAAAAAUCGCAGAAAAUGGUGGGGAAGAUGAAUGAAUGCACUCGGGAGCUAAAGCUACUCUCUUGGCAUUUCGCAGGCCCCCUGCAUGCGAAAUUUCUGUGGGGAAUAGACACGCGUAGAUCUAGUUUAUCGGCAGGACAAAGGGAUGACAGGUUUCUGAGCUGUUCUCACCAGCCUACUGUAUCUCUUCUAUUAUAUGUUCUUGCCUUAAUUCGUAUUUCUACUGUGAGAACAAUGGAAGAAGGGAAGGGGAGGUAUCGGCGAUUUGCCAGCAAUGUAAGUUGCUUUGUGGGGGAAGAGAAAGCACGGAUGUAUGUACUCACAGAGCAUGUAAAAUAAUUAGGGAGCCUUAGAAGAGCAACGUCUCUCUCUUUGUACAAUUCCGCUGUGACACUGAGAUCCAUUCUCGGACGGUUUAUUGUAAAAGCACUUCAACGUUCCUUCAGAUUAGUUCUUCGAGAAUCGCAGCAUCCAU